GUCUCGCCAAGUGAUAUCCUAGCCAUACUCCGCACUAAGCAAAUACACUGAACCUAGAUCGCUCAUAGCGCUCUUGGCUGAUCAUAACACCUCACACUAUUGGUGCCCAUAUCUCACAAUCCUUUCACCCCGCCUUCUCGGGAUAGCGCUAUCUCCCAGUUUGUGGGGUAGCGCGUAUCAAUUUCCACUGAAGCUUGAAUAACCGAGGGGCCAAGUCUGGAGAAUUAUCAUGGAAAAUUCCUGGUUUGGGUUUAAAAGCGACUCAAGUCUCCAUGUUUGAAUCAAGAUCUUGCAUACCUUAUCGUUUUCAUAUGAUUUGAGAGCUUAUUAUAAUGUCGAAUGUUGAGAUCCCUAUGCCUUCGAGCACUGUUAAGGAGAGUCGUGAUCAGGAGAAGGGCGGUAUGGCUGCUGAUGAUGUGUCGUAUCAUGUCAGCACUAUCAAUGAACUUGGCAACGUUGUGGAUCCGGUUCUUUCGGCUAAGAUUAAUCUUGUUAAUGAGACCAUCAACGAGAUCGGAUGGACCAGCUUCCACCUCAAGCUCUGCUGUCUCACAGGUUUCGGCUUUGCUGCUGACUCCCUGGUAGCUUUCCUCCAGAGUGUUGCAGCUGGCCAGGCUUACCUUGAGAUCGGCCAUGGAGGUUAUCCUACUGGAUCAACCAUGGCUCUGUACGCUGGACUUCAGAUGGGUGCUCUCUUCUGGGGUUUCGGUGCCGAUAUCAUCGGUCGACGCAUUGCCUUCAACACUACCUUGUUCAUCGCUGCCAUUGCUACUAUUAUUGCAGGAGCUGGUCCUAGCUGGGUUGCCUUCUGUGUGUUCGUCGCCUUCCUUGGCUUCGGAGCUGGUGGUAACCUUGUCUUGGACCCAACUGUGAUGCUGGAGUUCGUGCCUGCUAAACAGCAAUGGGUCAUCACUGCUAUGGCUGGAUGGUGGGGUGUUGGUCAGGCCAGUGCUGGUUUCAUCGCAUGGGGUUACUACUCUCGAAACGAUUGGACUUGCGUCGCUACGGUCGAGACAUGUACAUGGCAGAACAACAAAUCUUGGAGACUCAUCAUGUUUACCGGCGGAGCGCUGAUGUUUGUCAUGUCCGCCCUGCGUAUUCUAAUCAUUCGACUCCCCGAAACUCCAAAGUUUUUGGUUACCAACGGCAAGGAGGAGGAACUCGUGGCCAUGCUGCAGAAGCUCGCCAACACUUAUAAGCGACCCUGCUCGUUGACGCUUGAGAAUCUUCAGGCCUGCGGAACUGCCAAUACUCCUGAACAUGGCGGAAGCAAGGGGUUAGCUGUUCGCGGUUUAGGAAAGAGUCUCGUUGGACAUGUCAAGGGACUGUUUUCGACCAAGAAGCUGGCUCUGUCGACUUGUCUUAUCUGGCUCUCUUGGACUUUGAUCGGUCUUGGAUAUCCUCUCUUCUUUCUCUACCUCCCAUCCCUUCUCAGCAGCCGGCUUCCGGAUUACAAGCCGUCCUUCAACGAGACCUGGCGCGAUUAUACUAUUACCAAUAUCUGCGCCAUCUUUGGUCCGCUCAUUGCAGCUGGUCUUGCUGAAGUGAGUUUCCUUGGACGAAGAUAUACAAUGGCAAUUGGAGCUGUGAUUACUGCGAUCUUCUUCUUUUGCUACACCAUCAUCAAGACUCCAGCUCAAAAUCUCGCCAUCAGCAGCUGCAUCUCUGUUUGCAUCAAUCUCUACUAUGGUACCCUUUACGCAUACACGGCUGAGGUGUUCCCGUCUGCACACAGAACUACAGGCAAUGGUAUCGCGGUUUCGCUCAACCGUAUCAUGGGUCUUCUCUCUGCUGUCAUCGCCGUGACUGCUGAUACUGCGACUGUAACACCGUUGUACAUUUCGGCGGCUUUGUUCGUUAUCAUGGCCAUUGUUUCAGUUAUUCUCCCAUUCGAACCAUACGGUCGAAGUGCAUCCUAG